UCGGCUCUGACACCUGACGGCUCCGAAACUGGGUCCUGCCACGGCUGCACGGAGGAGCCCAACGUCUCCGUGCACACGCACGUGCGGAGGAUAUUUAUUUAUUUAUUUUACUUAUAUGCAUCCUGCCAUCUUUCUUACAUUAUUUAUUGUGAAAGUUGUCACCCGCCCAACGAGUUCUCUGGGGAAAAGGGAAAAUAUUGAAAUUCCCUUGCGGACACUGUGUGUGAUGAGGAGGAAGAGGAGGAGAAUAACCAGGGGCUUGCUGUGAGCCAGAGACCUUCUCUUUAAAAUAGAGCAGUUUUGCUUCGACGUCGUUCCCAGGUCAGCCUGUCCUCCUGACGCACCAUAUCUCCGAAGCAUCCGUCUGUCUGUCCACCCCUCUUCUGCGAAGAUGAUGCUCAAUUCGGACCAGACAGAGAUCGACCUGCCCCCAACACACUCCGAGUCCGAGUCCGUCUUCAGCGACUGCGGCGGCAGCCGCGCGGGCAGCACGGAGGACGCCAGCGGUGUCGGUUUGUGCGCUCAGUCCCGGAUAACCGAGCCGGGCGAGGCUGUGAAGAAAGACCUGCAGCACCUGAGUCGGGAGGAGCGUCGGCGCCGGCGGCGUGCCACGGCCAAAUACCGGACAGCCCACGCCACGCGGGAGCGCAUCCGCGUCGAAGCCUUCAACAUGGCCUUUGCCGAGCUGCGGAAGCUGCUGCCCACCCUGCCACCGGACAAGAAGCUCUCCAAGAUUGAGAUCCUCCGCCUGGCCAUCUGCUAUAUCUCCUACCUGAACCACGUGCUGGACGUCUGAGUCGCCCAGCCUGUGUCCGUCUGUCUGUCUGCCACGUCUCCUACCUGAACAUGUGCUGGGCAUCUGAGCCAAGAGCUCAAGUCCGUCUGUCCAUCUAUGACCUGAACCACAUGUUGGGCAUCCAAAAUGCUGUGCCUGCGUUCAUCUGUCUGUUCAAAUGGACCAAGUCCCCAGCUGCCUGCUCUACCCCCUAUCUGAACUAUGUUCUGUAUUUCCCUACCACCAAGCCCACGUCCGUCUGUCUUUCCAUCCUGCCUGAGUCAGGCUGGAUGUUUGGUCCAUCGGCCAUCUGUCUGUCCUGCUGGAUCUGCUGCCUGAAGCCUGUGCUGGCCGUGUACGC